GGGGAGCCGCGUGGGAGUCGCGGGUGGGUGGGCCCUGGGCGGGGCGCGGCGCCUGAUCCCGCCCCCGGAGGAGGCGGCCGAGCCGCGGAGCCUGGCCGCGGGCUGGGCCCGCCGCAGCUCCCGGCCGCCGGCUCGCUCCUGCGGCCCCUCGCCCCGCGGCCCGCCCUGGCCGCGCCCAGCCCCCCGCCAUGCCGCCCGCGGGGCUCCGCGGGGCUGCGCCGCCGCUCGCCGCGCUCGCUCUCCUGGCGCUGGGCGCUCCGCUGGCGCUGGCCGGCGAGGACUGCCUGUGGUACCUGGACCGGAACGGCUCCUGGCAUCCGGGCUUUGACUGCGAGUUCUUCACCUUCUGCUGCGGGACCUGCUACCACCGCUACUGCUGCAGGGACCUGACCUUGCUUAUCACCGAGCGCCAGCAGAAGCACUGUCUGGCUUUCAGCCCCAAGACCAUAGCUGGCAUCGCCUCGGCUGUGAUCCUCUUCGUGGCUGUGGUUGCCACCACCAUCUGCUGCUUCCUUUGCUCCUGUUGCUACCUGUAUCGCCGCCGCCAGCAGCUCCAGAGCCCAUUUGAAGGCCAGGAGAUUCCCAUGACGGGCAUCCCCGUGCAGCCCGUGUACCCAUACCCCCAGGACCCCAAAGCUGGCCCCGGAGCCCCACAGCCUGGAUUCAUGUACCCACCGAGUGGGCCCGCUCCCCAGUAUCCACUCUAUCCGGCUGGGCCCCCCAUCUACAACCCUGCAGCCCCUCCCCCCUAUAUGCCACCACAGCCCUCCUACCCUGGAGCCUGAGGAGCCAGCCUGUGUCUCUGCUGCCCCUUCCGUGUUGCCAACUUUGGGGGUGCCCCAUCGUGUACUGGGGGUGGGCAGACAAAGCCCUGGGGCCUACUGGGGACAGUACAACUGGAGGCAAGUACAACAGGAGCUGAACUGGAACUAGGACAGGAGUGGGGGGAUGGGGAGGGCUUGGGAUUCCCGGGAACAUGACUGAGGGCAAGGGAGGAGGAUGCCAACCCGGGCCACAGCCCCUGCUUUCACCAUCCCAACCAGGAAGGCUGGGGUCCUUCCUGUUUGCCCGCUCCAGGCUGGGGUGGAGGUGGGGGGAGGGUG